CCAAUGACUAAUUUCACUAUAUAAAGCCAAUGCUUAACCAUACUUCUUCAUCCCCUCCUGCUUCUAUCUAACAUAAAAGAGAAAGAAUGUCUCAAUCAAAUCGUUUCAACGAUGAAGUUACAGUACCACUUCUCCCAAAUAUCUCUCUUCACGAGAAACUACAUUUACUUAAAAAUUUCUUUGCGCUUCUCUCCCUCUUUGCAAUAGAUGCAAUCUCCAUUUUAAGAAUCGCUUACCCAUUGAUCAUCACAAAUGUUCUCCUUUACUUUCGCUCCUUCAUAUCUAUGUUUUUCCUGGCCGGUCUUGGUGGCCCCACUCUUGCAGGCGGCUCCCUCGCACUUGCAUUUGCCAACAUCACCGCUUACUCGUUCUUCUCCGGUUUAACCAUGGGUGUAGACUCAAUUUGCUCACAAGCAAUUGGUGCAACAAACUAUAAACUCUUCCGGGCAACAAUCCGUCGAGGAAUCAUCCUACUCCUCGUCACAACUCUCCCUGUUUUUCUUCUAUGGAUAAACAUCAAGAGGAUUCUGAAAUUGUUAAAACAGGACGAGGAGCUCGCAUCCAUAGCUCACACCUUUCUGCUUUACUCUGUUCCAGAUCUCCUUGCUCAAUCUUUCUUACACCCAUUAAGAGCUUAUUUCAGGACACAGUCAAAGACUCUACCUUUAUCAGUAUGCACAGGGAUUGCGAGUGUUCUCCACUUUCCGAUUACAUUCCUCCUAGUGUCAUACCUCGGUUUUGAGAUCAAAGGUAUUGCUUUGAGUGGUGCUCUGUCAAAUUUCAACCUUGUCGUAUUUCUCUUCAUCUACAUAGCUUUCUUUGAAGAAAAGCUAAGUAAAGAUGAGAAGGUCUCAGAGGAGUCGUAUGAACAGAGUGUGAGAGAAUGGAAGAAGCUGCUUGGUCUCGCGGUACCCAGUUGUGUUGCAGUUUGUCUCGAGUGGUGGUGCUACGAGAUCAUGAUUGUGCUUUGUGGGUUACUUAUAAACCCUAAAGUAUCCGUUUCUUCAAUGGGUAUUCUCAUCCAAAUCACUUCCCUUGUUUAUAUUUUCCCUCAUUCAUUGGGCUCCGCAGUCUCGACUCGUGUAGGAAACGAGCUGGGUUCGAACCAGCCACAGAGAGCGAGAAGAGCCACCUUUGUCGGACUUGGUCUCAGCAUCGCCCUCGGGCUCAUGGCUCUCAUAUUCACUUUCUCAGUCAGAAAGGUAUGGGCUACGUUUUUCACGGAUGAUGAAGAAGUCAUUAAUUUGACUAUGAUGGUUCUACCAGUCGUUGGCCUUUGCGAGCUGGGAAACUGCCCUCAGACUACUGGAUGCGGCGUUCUCAGAGGGUCGGCGAGGCCGAUGACGGGAGCUAAUAUCAAUAUAGCGGCAUUUUAUGUGAUUGGUUUGCCUGUAGGAAUGGUUUUAACUUUUUGGUUUGGGUUUGGAUUCAUGGGACUUUGGCUUGGGAUGCUCGUGGCGCAGAUAUCAUGUAUGAUUGGUAUGAUGGUGUCGAUGUGUAGGAUUAAUUGGCCAUUGGAGGCGGAAAGGGCUAGGGAGCUAACAGCGACGGAAAGGGCUAGGGAGCCAAAAACGACGGAUGGCGUCAUAAGCUUCAGCAAUGUGGAAGAUAUGGAGGUUGGAAGGUUGGUGAUUAGAGAGGAGUGAGUCUUUAAGAGUGAUAGAUAAUUGCUCUUUUAAUAUGACCGUCUUCUUUAAAAUAAUAAUAAUAAUAAUAAUAAUAAUA